GUGAUGCCGUUGCAACAAAAACGUAAUUGAUCAUUACGGUUGUUGCUCCAUGCCUCGUCUUGAACUUCGUAGACUAGCAGCUGUAUCACUAAACUAUAGCCUACCGGCAUACUUCACUAUUCACAUGCAUUUGCGCUACUCCAAAAGCUUGCUUUAUCUACUGAGACGGGUGAUCUACAUUAGCAUAAAACACAGUAUACUUCAAACUCUAUUCAUCUGUCGUUUGAGCAACUUGACUGAUCCUCGUCCUCUGAAUCUCGGGCUUUGCAACAAGGCUCGCUGUUUAGAUCCCGUAAAUACGCAAGUGGUGGGCGCUGCUUUUCGAAAGCGCAUUUUGAUAUUUCUAUCCUCUACUCCUCCCACCACUGCCGAGAUAUAAUUGCAAGAGGAAGUCAAAAAGAAAAGGGGGAAGCGACUGAGAAACAGUUGAAAUGCAGUCCAAGGCUAGGCUUCAAUUUGGAAUAUCUCACCACGAUUGUGACCGAACCGCUGAACUAGUGCAGUAUGAAACGAGAUGAGAUAGCAUGGCUUUUCUCAACCACAGUUCGCUUUGUGUCGAUGUAAGGGCGUGGGUAAGGUCGUAGAUAUUAUUUUAUAUGCAUCCUAUGUGUAGCCUACUUUAUUAUAAACCACGUGUAGGUUUCGGGAUAUGUUAGUCACAUUACGCGACGUCUUCUACUAUUGUAUGCAGAGAUUGCAGUGGAAUAUCCUAGAAAAUUAUUGUGCAGUUCUAGUGCGCUCAUUCUGCAACAAGUACGUUUCUGUACAGUUGUUGUGAGGAGACAAGACAGAAAUGAAACCAAUCUAUUCUGUUCAUUGCGUGCUUUUAAAUAUGGUUGUAUUCAAACUGGUUGACAGGAUAUAUUGUAUGCCAGUAGCAAAGUGAUAGAUUUUAUAAAGAGACUUAUAUAUUUUUUUUCUGGCAGAUCUCACUGAGGAUGUCAGUUACAUUAUCCUGCUAGAGCAGAAGCACAAAGGCGCACGUACUCAAACCAAACCGGGCUGGCAGGGCAGAGGGAGCUGGAAGAUGUUGUAACCCAACGCGGGGACUAUGCCAUCCCCACGCAACAUCGCGGUGACCGUGGCCAUCCUGUUCAUAGUCGUCGGCCUGGUGCUCUUUUUGACCAUGUAUGCGCCCAUGCAAGUGUCCGGCUUCAUUUUGGCAGUUUUCGGCGUCGUUAUCCUUGUGUACUCCUCCUGCCAAGCCAUGAAGUCUGAACACGUAACUGUCCCGGGCCACUUCUUGCUUCAUCCUCGCACUGGGACACGCUAUAGCCCCCACCAAGCCAUGGCAAUUCAGAGGAGGCUGGAUAGGAUCCGCCGGGCCGCUGAGGAGGAGCGACCCGUCAGCACCGUCAGCCCCGCACCCCUGCCUCCACACUCCAGUCAGCAGAGUCUCCCCCGGACCCCCCCGCCCUGGGAGAUGGAGCCGCCGCCGUCCUACGAGACCGUCAUGAAGGGCAGCCAGAGCCCCGUCCAGAACUCGUGACUGUUACAGUGAGUCUCUCCUGCCGACGGAGAGCACACAAGCCAGCUUUGUCUCCAGUCAUUCGUCGUGACCAUUUGGUGCCUUUGGAGGGGGAGAACCACAGAGUUUCACCCCUUCUGAAGGGGGUUUAGGUGGAGAACGCAAAGACAAUGACCCUCCCCCCACUAGGUCUCAUCCAAUGAGAAGAGAGGUCACUAGGUCUCAUCCAAUGAGAAGAGAGGUCACUAGAUCUCAUCCAAUGAGACGCGAGGUCACUAGGUCGUGUGGCUAUAAGUCACGUCACAGGUGUUCAGGAGCUGAAAGACAACACAAAUGUUUCUUAUUCAGUUAGACAGACAUCUUAUCAAAGUUUUACCUCCCAGCGUUGGUAACAUGACCCACAUUGUCCCACACAAACAUACUACUCGUCUCACAACUGGUCACCCUAGUACCAGUGGAUGGACCAGGGCUUUUCAGCUUGACCAGUAUCUGGACUGAAUGUAUCGAUGGCCCUUCAAGCAGGAAACAAACAGUUCAAUUCAACCUGGUUGGGUUAGGCUUAGGGCUCUCUACCUCUCUUGUGUUACUCUGUGAAAUACAGUAUACUCAGGCCUUAGGACUGCCACACAUUCAGUUCUGAAAUACAGUAUACUCAGGCCUUAGUACUGCCUCACAUUCAGUUCUGAAAUACAGUAUACUCAGGCCUUAGUACUGCCUCACAUUCAGUUCUGAAAUACAGUAUACUCAGGCCUUAGUACUGCCUCACAUUCAGUUCUGAAAUACAGUAUACUCAGGCCUUAGCCUCACAUUCAGUUCUGAAAUACAGUAUACUCAGGCCUUAGCACUGCCUCACGUUCAGUUCUGAAAUACAGUAUACUCAGUUCUGAAAUACAGUAUACUCAGGCCUUAGCACUGCCACGUUCAGUUCUGAAAUACAGUAUACUCAGUUCUGAAAUACAGUAUACUCAGGCCUUAGGACUGCCACACAUUCAGUUCUGAAAUACAGUAUACUCAGGCCUCAGGACUGCCUCACAUUCAGUUCUGAAUGUUUCCUUUUUUUUGUUGAAAUGGUAACUCACCCUAAUCAGUGUCACAGGUCCAUCUUCCUAAAACAAGGGAGAAAUGCACUUCUAUGUUCAGGUGUGGUCUGCUGAAUGCAUUAAAGAGUCUGUCCAUCUGCUGAAAUAUGUUUCCAUAGGAAGGCCACGUCCCAUGUACACAUGACACAUGAUUGUGAAUCAGGUUUGAUUAUAUCUAUUCAAGUACUUUUCAAGUCUACUCACAAGGUCAGGGCUUUUGUUGUUGGCAAGCUCUACCCAUCACGCCACAAUUUGAUGAAGGCCACUUGCAUGUUUCUGCUUAACUCAGCAUGGGCAGGACAUCUGCAGCCUCACAGUGCCUUGACAAGAUACCAGAAGGACUGGGUGCGUGUUAUUCAGAAGGACCGGGUGCGUGUUAUUCAGAAGGACUGGGUGCGUGUUAUUCAGUGUUGAGGGUCUUAUUGUCAAGCCAAGGUUGGAUUGAAUGUUUUGUUUGACAACUUAUAGCAACUGA